UUUAAGUGCUUCUAUUUGACCAAUCCGCUGACGGGUGGGUGGAGUUGUGAAAGUACUUCUAGAUAAGUUAGUUUGGCCUCGCAGACACUGACAAAACAGUUGCGCUUUCUUCCUCAUUCAGUUGUUCACAACUUGUCUUGCUGAGAACGGAUCCGCUGCAGUCAUGAGGAAGGACCCAAAUAAACCAAGAGGAAAGAUGACCUCUUAUGCUUACUUUGUGGCGACAUGUCGUGAGGAGCACAAAAAGAAACACCCCGGGACCACUGUCAGCUUUGCAGAGUUUUCCAAGAAGUGCUCCGAGAGGUGGAAGACCAUGUCAUCCAAGGAGAAGGUGAAGUUUGAGGAGAUGGCUAAGAAUGACAAGAUCCGCUAUGACCAAGAGAUGAAAUCGUACAUCCCCCCUAAAGGUGGCAAGGGCAAGAAGAAGAAGGACCCCAAUGCACCCAAAAGGCCACCUUCUGCUUUCUUCGUGUUCUGCUCUGAGCACCGCCCCAAGAUCAAGGAAGACAACCCAGGUAUCUCCAUUGGUGAAAUUGCCAAGAAGCUUGGUGAAUUGUGGGCUGCGCAAAGUCCCAAAGACAAGGCUCCAUAUGCUGCCAAGGCUGCCAAACUGAAGGAAAAAUAUGAGAAGGAUGUUGCUGCCUACAGAGCCAAAGGUGGCUCAGGAAAGAGUGAUGCUGGCAAGAAGAGUGGCCCAGGCAGGCCUGCUGCCAAGAAAGCAGAACCAGAGGAUGACGAUGACGAUGACGAAGAUGAUGACGAGGAGGAGGAGGAAGAUGAAGAGGAUGACGAUGACGAGGAGGAUGAUGAUUAAGCAGUUUAUAUGUUAAGGAUAUGAAUUUUGCAAUGCAUUGUUCAGCUUAACUAUUGUGGGUUUUUUUGUUUUGUUUUUUUUUGAGUGGAUGAUUGCAACAGUAUAGCCUGCUGUCCCUGUUGGCCUGCCUCUGUAGGAUAUUGAUGUUCCUCUUUAAAUUCAGGGAUUUAGUUUUUAUUUUGUCACUUAGUUCCCUUAAUGGUAUAUAUAUUUUUUUUAAAAUCAGUUUCUGCAGAACUCUGUGUUUAUUACAUCGCUGAUCCUUGUUAUCGAAACAGGCAGCCAGAUAUCAAUUUCCUGUGGUAAUACAAAGAACUGAAAUUCAUGUGCUGGCAGUGGAUGGCUGCAACUCCUUAAAGUUUUAAAUGUAUUGUUUCUGGAAGCACUGCUUAUGUUUUCUGUUUAGCAGUGCUGUUGAUUGUCAUUUUACUACCAGGGGUUAUCUGUAGUUUUGAAAGGUUUGCAGCCAUUUUUAAUGUGGAACUUUGAAAACUUUCAUGUAGAACGAAUUUUCUUUUUGUAAUAAAAUUUUGUAUAUUGAUUAUAA